CCUCUCUUCCUCUGCUCCCGCCCAACCCCACCACCACCAGAGCUGCCGCCCGAGCUCCUUCUACUCAUCCGAUCCAUUCGUAAUCGUACCAACAGACACAACUAACUCGGACCUGAUCUCACACCGCGCGACACGCACGACGACGACGAAGACGAAGGCUUCUGCUCUCAAGCCACCAUGCAGGGGCAGUCCCGGCUCGCGGUGAGCGGCGGCGGCGACAUCUCGUCGGGGUCGGAGGGCGAGCACGAGGCGGUGAUCCGCGAGCUGACGCGGGGGCGGCAGUUGACGGCGCGGCUGCGGGACGAGGCCCUGCGCGCGCUGCGGGGGCAGGGCCAGGCCGAGGCCACCGCCGCAUUCAUCCUGCAGGAGGUGUCCCGUGCCUUCACCGUCUGCAUAAACAUCAUGGGCUCGCCCGCCCGCGCCCCUCCGCCGCCGCCGGAAACGCCCGCCCGGCUGAGCCCGACCGCCACCGAGCUCCUGGUCCCGCGCCGGAACCGGGAGGACAGCAUCCCCAGAGAGCAAACGGUGACAUCCUCGCCGCACUACGACGGGUACCAGUGGCGGAAGUACGGCCAGAAGAGGAUCACCAAGACACAGUUCCCAAGGUGCUACUACAGGUGCAGCUUCCACCGCGAGCGCAACUGCCGGGCCACCAAGCAGGUGCAGCAGUGCAGCGGCGGCGACCCGCCCCAGUACCUCGUCAUGUACUUCAACGACCACACCUGCGACACGGCCGCCAGCUGGGAGCCCGAGGCGGCGGCAUCGGCGGCGAACCCUGCGGCGGCGAUGAUGGACCUGUCCGGGGCGGCCGGCGGGCUGGUGGCGCGCCUGCAGGGUGCCCGCGGCGUCCAGGAGGAGCACGAGCGGCAGGUGCUCGUCUCGUCGCUCGCGUGCGUGCUGGGGGCCCAGCAGUUUGCCCACCACUCUCCUCCUGAUGCGGCGGGGGGCAUCACCAGCGGGGCCAGCGCCGCCGCCGUCAACGUGCCGCCGCAGCGGGCCCGCACGCGCGACGCGCCUGCACCUGCAACGGCCCCCGCUGCAGCUUCGGCGCCGGUCGUUGACGACGCGGCUGCGGAGAUGCCGCGGCUUGACGUGGACGUGGUGGGGCUGGAUGUCAUGGACUACGGCGUGACGGGCGAGCUGUGCUUCGGCGAAUCCUACGGCCUACCUGACGGCGGCGGCCUGCCGUUUUGAAGGCGCAGGCGCCACAGCUAUUCUCGCGCAACGGAUCAUCAGGCGCGACGGAUCACUGAAUCUUUGGUGUACAGUGAUCAACAUUUUACAAUGACUACGUACUGCUACAGAUAUACGUAGGGCAUACGAGUACUAGUAUUAAGUUCUGUACGUACGCACACAUACCGUGUCGUAGAAUACUGCAAUUAGUGCAAGAGUUAAGUAGUACCUAUACUUCUUGCACUAGAUUACUACGGCCGGGGGUUGCGUCUCUCCAGUUAAGUUUUGGUCAGGCUGGCGUGAUUAAUUUUGCAACGUUCAUUAGUGUCUCAGAUUCUCAAUCAGCACGUAGUAGCACUACCAAUUGAUGUCAUGUAGUUCUUCUUUUUCGUUUUGCUAUUAAACCUGAAUCUGCGCAAUGUUUUACACAUGUACCACUGUGGACAAAAGAAGGUAUACCUGCAUAUUCUUAAGCAGUUAAGCCUCAUCGAUUUCA